CAGGGCGGCUAUGUGUGCGUCACUGCGUUACGUGCAAUAGUGACAUCAAUCUCGCGUGAUGAGACUUGUGGCGUGGGGAUUGUAGGCACUUUAGGAACUGCCCUGCGAAGUCUGCAGCUGACUGACAGGAGGGGGCGCAAUAAUCGAACUGCUGGUGAACUCAGCAGUGAUGUACAUUGCUCCUUCACUUUCAAACAUGCUGAGUUAAGAGGAGAACUUCUGCUGUACAGUGAGUAACUCCCCCCUCAGUCUUCUCAAGCAUACUCAUUGCAGGCAAAGAGGUCUUUAUUUUGUUUAGCCAUACAGUUGUUCAGCCUAUUAUGCCUAUGUAUGUUUUAUAAAAGAGCACUUUAACACCAGGAAAGACUGUUUAUUGAUAAGGGAAGGGAGAAUUUGCAGCUCGUCAUGCCUACAGUAUCAGCACUUCCAAAAGAACUGUAUCUCUCUAGCUCUCUAUCUGAUCUUAAGAAGAAAGCUGAAGUUAAACCUGACAAGACUAGCACUAAAAGCUAUGUUUCCUCUGCUUGUAAAAUAUUUCAAAAAGCAGAAGAAUGCAGACUAGAAGGAGAUGAAGAAAAAGCCUAUGUCUUUUAUAUGAAAUAUUUAUUUGUGUUUGAACUCCUUAAAAAAAGAUCAGAUUUUAAGCAGAAUCAGGACUAUUAUAAGUCCUUACUUGGCCCCUCCACUAUCUUAAAAUCUGUUGAAGAAGCGGAAAAACUCUCAGAAAGCCUUAAAAAUAGAUAUGAAGAAGCUGAAGUUCGAAAAAAAUUAGAGGAAAGGGAAAGACAAGAAGACCUGAAGAAAAAGGAGGGAAAACUAUUUCCCAAAGACUUUCCUGAAGAUGUACCCAAGCCUAAUCAAAAUGAAACGGUGAAUGGGGAGAAAAAUGAAGUUCUUUCAAAGCGGCCAGAACCUACUAAUGUGCCUCAUGGAGCUAUCACAGUUGAAAAGCUUUUUGAGAUGACAAAUGAUUAUAAUAUCAGUAUAAUUAUAAUGGAUGUUCGGAGUACAAAAGACUUUCAGGAGUCUCAUAUUCGUACUUCAAUAAGCGUGCCAGAGGAGGCCAUAAUCCCAGGAUUUACCUCAAGCAAGAUUGAAACUAAUCUACCUGAUACAUCUAAAGAAAUGUGGAAUAAAAGAGGUCAAGUUGAUUUUAUUAUAUUGCUUGAUUGGUUCAGCUCUGUAAAUAACUUAAAAGUUGGUACAACACUUCAGAGCUUAAAAGAUGCUCUGUAUAAGUGGGAAACAAAAACAAUCCUACGGAGUGAACCUUUAGUUUUGGAAGGUGGUUAUGAAAAUUGGCUUCUUUGUUAUCCCAUGUUCACAACAAAUGGGAAAGUGACUGUGCCCAGGAAAAGAACACAAGAAUCUGUGUCUUUGUCAUUGGACUUCAGUUAUCCAUCUCUAGAAGAACCAGCACUUCCACCACCACCACCACCCCCUGUAUGCAUCAAAGAAAGCAGCUAUGAGGAUACUAUAAAUGCAGUGAAAACUCAAAAAACAGAGGAACCUGUCCAUGUAGUACAAAAGGAUGACCCUGUACCAGAUGCUCAGACUCCAGAUUCUGUUAAAGUCUGUCAGCCACAGAAAACUGUGAAAGUUAUUCCACAAAUUGAUCGGACAAAGAAACCUUCAGUAAAAGUUACUGAAAGUUCCUCAAAGUUUAAACAUGAAGCCAAAGAAAACCAGCCAAUACAGAAUGGAAGGCCUAUACCAGACCGUUCCACAAAACCAUCACUAGACACUAAAUCGGUCAAAUCGGAGAUCCAUGUUCAGUUUGAUAAAAACAUAAAGGAAAAGGGUGAAGAAAUUAAAGGGAAAGUAGAUAUGCAUGCAGAAAACAAUAUUGAUAACACAUGUGCACAUGAAGAAAAAGAAAACAAAAAGAGGAAUGAAGAGAAAGAAACUGAGAUGGAUGAGUUCCACAGAAAGGAGGAGUUAGAAAAAAAACAGCCAGUAGUUGCUGGAAAAGAACCUGCUGAAACAAAAAGGCUGGAAAGUAAUAAGCCUCCCCCUGAUGAUAGAAAGAAGAAUGGCCAUUCUUCUGUUACUCCUCAAGAGCCUUCUGCACAUAAAAAAGAACAUAAUUCUGAUGUGACUGUGAAAGACAGCUGUGAAGACGACAGACCCAAACGGGAACCUUUAGUUCGAGCAAGAAGUGAGGAGAUGGGUAGAACUGUGCCAGGAAUGCCAGAAGGUUGGGUGAAGUUCCUUGAACCUGUCACUGGAACCUACCGAUAUUAUCAUUCACCAACACACACUGUUCAUAUGUAUCCUCCUGAAAUGGCUCCUUCAUCCACCCCUUCAACCACUCCAGCUCAGAAAGCCAAGGUACAGGCUACUACUGACAUUGAUAAAGAGCAGACCAAGUUAAAACGAUCUUACUCCUCGCCUGAUUUAACGCAAGCCAUAAAAGAUGAAGACAAGAAGAAACCAAUGCCUCAUAUUAACCGUGAAAAUAAACCAUCAAUAGUCACUAAAGCUGAAAUCACAAAGCUACCAGCAUCUAAGAUCCGAAGUCUUAAUCCUGUGUUUGGCGGGGCCGGUCCAGCUCUAACUGGACUCAGGAACCUUGGAAAUACUUGUUAUAUGAAUUCUAUCUUACAGUGUCUCUGCAACACGCCACAUUUAAUUGAAUACUUCAAUAAUAAUUUUUAUCAAGCACACAUCAACAGAUCAAAUCUGUUGGGGCAUAAGGGUGAAGUGGCUGAGGAAUUUGGCUGCAUUAUGAGAGCUUUAUGGACUGGUCAGUACAAAUAUAUCAGUCCAAAGGACUUUAAGAUAACAAUUGGAAAAAUUAAUGAGCAGUUUGCUGGAUACACCCAUCAAGAUUCCCAGGAGUUGCUGCUGUUUUUAAUGGAUGGGUUGCAUGAAGACCUUAAUAAGAAAGCAGACAAUAGAAAACGUCAAAAAGAAGAAAACAACGACCAUUUAAGUGACUCCCAAGCUGCAGACUCUGCAUGGUACAAACACAAGCAACUCAAUGAAUCGAUCAUUGUUGCACUUUUCCAAGGCCAAUUUAAAUCAACUGUGCAGUGUCUAACGUGCCAGAAAAAAUCCCGAACAUUUGAGGCGUUCAUGUAUUUAUCUUUGCCACUUCCAUCUACAAGCAAAUGUUCUCUUCAGGAUUGCAUUAAAGCAUUUGCCAAGGAAGAGAAACUCACAGAUAGUAAUAGAUUUGAUUGCAGUAAUUGUAAAACUCAGAGAGUUGCUACAAAAAAAAUAGAGAUUUGGAAGCUUCCUCCUAUUCUUCUGGUGCACUUAAAACGCUUUUCAUUUGAGGGAAGGUGGAGGCAGAAACUCCAGUCAUAUGUCGACUUUCCCCUGGAAUCCUUAGACCUUUCACAAUACGUCAUUGGUCCAAAGAAUGUAAAAACAUACAAUUUAUUUGGAGUAUCGAAUCACUAUGGAGGUUUGGACGGCGGACACUACACAGCUUAUUGCAAGAAUGCGCUGAAACAGCGGUGGUUUAAAUUUGAUGACCAUGACGUUUCUGAAAUCUCCGUAUCAUCUGUGAAGACUUCCGCAGCCUAUAUGCUUUUUUACACUUCUUUGGAUGCCCGAGGUCUUGAGAUUUCAGCGUAACAACUUAGAAAGCAGUACUUGGGGGGGACCUCUACAUGAUAAUAUAUAUAUAUAUAUAUAUAUAUAUAUAUAGAGAUAUCUAAUAUUAAGACAUGUCUGGCCACAAAAAGAGAUGCAUACUAUUAUACAUAUUCUUUAUUUCUCUGUUUCCUUGGGAUAUUCCCAUCAAAUCAGUGGUAACAAAAUUUUAAGCUUAAUUGCACAUUUGAAAUAUAACCCUGUGUACUUAAAUGUAUACAACCAAUAGAUACAUUUGCCUUGACCGUGGCUGUACAAAAUAUCUAUUUAGUUUGUCCUUUUUAUUCUCCAGUAGUGAUAAUUUCUCCCUGUUUUAACUGGAGCUUCCCUACUGUGAAAUGGAGCAAAUGUGAGCAGGGUUGGAAUGUGUUGGAUUACGGUGGCUGCAUAGUUGCACAGUAUUGCAUUGUAUAUAACGAAACAGUAUAUCUGCCUAAAAUUCUCUUUAUACAAAAGGGUGGCUUACCUUCUCAGCUCAGUCCUCAAAAUCCAUAUGAUUUUUUUUAUCCAUAAGAUAUAUUAAGCCAGACAGGCUGUUUAUAAAGGGUUUUGUUCAAUCAUUCCAAGAAGCUUAAAAUAUAUAUCUGUAGGUGUAUCUAUUUGCAGAACUGACGUUUGCUAUCCCUUUAAAUUCUUUCUUUUUGUUGUUGUUUUGCCAGUUUCAGACGGAGAGGCUUCAUUCCCACAUUUCAGUUCUUUAUUCUGUAAAUUUAUCUUUUGAUAAUAUUUGUGAAUUUUUUUUUCUCUAGAAAUAAAUUUUAUCAACAAGUUUC